AUGGCGCCUCAGCCUGAGGGAACAAGUUCUAUCACAGACUGUGAGCUGUUGCCAGAGAAUCCAGGUUACUAUGAUAUAGUAGCAGAAGACAUGUCUGUAUGGCAUGUACCCAACAAUUUCCCACUGGAGCACUGGAACCUGGCAGCCAUCCUCCGCUACCACACUGACAACCGCUUUCUCCACCUGUAUGGAGGGAACCUCUUUCAGCUCUUCAAGCAAUAUCCAGUGAGAUACAAUGUUGGCUUGUGCAGCAGCAGAGGGCCAGCUAUUCCCAUUGUGUAUGACCAUGGAGACAAGGAGUCCACCAGAAUGUUAUACGGACCCAAUCCAAGAGCGGAGUUUGAACCAGGUUUCAUCACAUUCAGAGCAAUAAACAAUGAACGUGCAGCCAUGGCUAUCUGCUCCGGGGUCAAGCCAAAAAACACAGGAUGCAACACUGAACACUACUGUAUAGGAGGAGGUGGAUUUUUCCACCCUGAUCAGUGUGGGGACUUCCCAUCAUUUGACUGGGACAGACUGGGAAGGGAGCAAGGCUGGAGCGCUUCCAAAGAGAUUACUGAGGCUGCUGUUCUACUGUUCUACCGCUGAGAGCAUUAUUUGCACAUGUAGCUUAAAUGUAUACUAUAUUAUAUGUCACGUCAGUCUAAUCAACAAUCUUUAUCACAGCAUGUGUCAUGUUACAGAGAACUAGCUUUAAGUUUCUGUAUGUGUCAUUCAUUGGCCAUAAAGAACAGUUCAGCUAUUACA